GUGCGAUAUAUAGUGAGCAUAAAAACAAUCUGAGAAGAACGUCAUCAACACGUAGGAUACAUGGUUGUUACCAUCGCACAUCGCUAACGCGACGAUGCUGCCGUCGUCGUUACCAGCCGACGUCUUCUUCGAGAUACUCUCAAGGGUACCGGUGAAGUCGGUCUGUAGAUUCCGAUGCGUGUCCAGGAGCUGGCACGCUCUCAUCUCUGGCCAGCCGUUCACCGCUGCUCACGGAGCCCGCGCCAAGCCGCUACUCCUGUUUCUCGACAACUCCUCCUGGAAAACCUGCAGCCAGCUCGUGGACAUAGAUGGCAACCUCAUAAGAACCAUCAAGAGGGCAGGUCAUAUGAAUUGGGCCUACCACCUCGAUGGUCCCAUUUGCCUCACGGAAGAUUAUCGCAUCACUACUGGCGGCCGCAAGUUCAUAGUCAACGUGAUCGAUCUCGCCACUGGGAAUGUGAUCUGGAGGACCUCUGAAGAGUUGAACCCUGAUUGGAUUAGCAAUGUCAACGUCGGUCGUGCUGUCCCAUCUGGCACGUACAAGUUAGUCUGCCUCAACAACACAGGUGCUGAAGAGCCUUGCAUGGUUCUAACAUUAGAAGGUGACCCCGUGUGGAGGCAGGUGCAGUCUCCUUCAGAACUAGUCCCUGCCAUCUCUAAACCCUACCCCGCUAUCACUGUCAAUGGAGUCAUGCACUUCCUUUACAAGUCGCACGUGGACAAGGAAUAUCACCAUGUGCUCCGGUUUGAUCUUGAAAGUGAGGAAUGGAGCCCGUCAAUUGAGAGGCUGGGUGUAAUUGGUAUCUCCGCGGAUGGAAGGCGGCUGGAAAGAGUGCUGGUGGCCAUGAAGUCACAUGGCCGUCACCACCGCCUCGUCGAUAUCGGUUGA